AUGCAAGCUAAAUUCAAUAAUGUAAUAACGUAUAUUAUAUAUGUACGGAUAAGUUAUGGCCGAGCUUUGAAGAAGAGAGGUAAGAAGAAGAAGUCAGAGGUAAAAGGAGGUGGGGUUGAUGAAUCCGGCGGCGAUGGGUUGGCUUCUGUGAUAGCAUGUGAUGUGAUUAAUCCAGACCAUAUUGAUGUUGAGUUUGGUUCUAUUGGAGGGUUGGAGACUAUUAAGGAGACUUUGUAUGAGCUUGUGAUUUUGCCCUUGAAAAGGCCGGAGCUUUUUGCUUAUGGGAAGCUGUUUGGUCCUCAAAAGGGUGUCUUGCUCUAUUGGCCUCCUGUUGUUGUUGUGUUUAGCUUGGCGUACAAACUCCAAUCUGCUAUCAUUUUUAUUGAUGAGGUGGACAGCUUUCUUGGCCAGUGCCAUUCAACUGAUCAUGAAGCCAUGGCUAACAUGAAGACUGAGUUUAUGGCUUUAUGGGAUGGAUUUUCUACUGAUCCGAAUAAUGGGUUAUGGUUCUUGCUGCAACGAACAAACCAUCAGAGCUUGAUGAAGCAAUAUUGA